AUGGAGAGAGUUCAGUUCGAGCAGGAGCAGAUGCUCGAUGAGCUCAAAGAUUUAGUAGAGAAAGGCAUUUUUACUCCACAAGAGACUAAAGAAAUCGUGAAGCGACGUACCGCGUUCGAAACCGUACUAGUGCGACGCGUCGCGAAGAAGGCCGACUACAUACGCUAUGUGACAUAUGAAAUGACCUUGGAAGAGCUCAGGAAGAAACGAAUAGAAAGGCUCAAAAUCGAUACGCGACCCCCGACGAUAUCCUCGUAUUCUAUCGUUCGCCGGCAAUUUCACAUCUUUGAACGUGCGCUCAAAAAGUUCAAAGACGAUGUUGGACUGUGGAUACAAUACAUUGAACUUGCAAAGAAAGAAGGGGCCAGGUCGUUGGUCGGCCGCAUAUGCGCACGCGCGAUACAUCUCCAUCCUUCGACACCGUCCCUUUACAUCCUCGCCGCCGAACACGAAUUAUCCACAUCUCAGUCGCCUUCUGCGGCUCGCGUUCUCCUGCAGAGAGGCAUUCGACUCAACAAAGAAAGCGUCGACAUGUGGCGGGAAUGGGUGCGAAUGGAACUGAGUUUUAUUGAGGGAUUGCGAAGGCGAUGGGAGGUGCUGGGAAUACAGAAGGGGACUAUAUCGACUGGGGGUAGGAGAUCAGGGAAAGAGAAAGACCAUGAGGAGGUAAGCAACGAUGCAGACAGGGAUACAGGGCUGUCCAGCCUCGUCGCAGGAGCAGAUGAAGGCAUGGAAGACGUCCGUCCGGUUGAAAAGGGCAUGGAGGAAGAAGCCGAAAUGGAACGCAUCGCUAACCAGGACGGGGGCGAGGGUCAAUCGGCUCGGCUGCACAUAAUGAAAGGCGCUAUCGUUAAAACAGUGAUCACUGCUGCUGCAGAAGCACUACCAAAAUUAUCGUUAUUCUCCGCGUUGAAAGAAGUGAUCGAGAAUCAUCCGUCCCCCGAUGAGCUAAAAAAGGAGGCUUUGGGCCACCUGUUCACUGUGUUGAGGGAGUGCAUGGGAAUGGAGGCGGGAGCUGUAAACAUGUUGGCUUGGAGACAUCUCGAACCCGUGCGUGGAGCUUCUGGUACAAAGGGGAAAGCCAAAGCGGACCCAGAUGACAAUGUGGCGGCUAGUGUGGGCCAGGUUGGUGAUGGCGAUGCAUUACGCGAUCGCGAAGGACGGGAAGAAGAUACGGAGGGAAGGGAAGAACCGCGGUUAGCGCACACGGUCGAGCUGGUCGAGGCCGUGCGACAAGCGAACGAAGAGUAUCUAUAUCCAGUUCAGCAGCAGCCUUUCUCGCACUUUCAGUUCAAAGAUAUCCGUCGCCCGAAUGAUAUCCACCCAAUAACCCUCCCCAAGUCCUCCUCAACCCGCUCUUCAACCAUUCGUCCUCUUUUUGCUCCCUCUCCAAUCGAUAUUCCACGUAAUUUACCUUCGGACUCAUCCAUUUCUUCUGCUUCACCCCCUACCCCAUCUACAAAGCUGCCGCUGCCACGUUCGCCCUACAUUUCGUCCAGGCAGAUUUUGCCUUCGCCCCUUCCCACAGGCACGACGCCUCUUCCAGUCGAGAGACCGACAAGCGGGGCCUCUUCUAUCGCUUCUUCAACAAUAGAAGACGUCUUUUAUCCCGGCGACAUCGUCGGCGAGGAUGCCCUGCUGCAGGGCGAGCCCAUCCGCCUCGUAUCAAUCGGCUCCACCUCGCAAUCUUGCGCAGCCGACUACGUGGAACCAGCCAAGGAAUUCGAGGUGGUACGGCGCCUUGGCACCGGCAGCUACGCUGUAGUCUACCUGGUUAGAGAAGUCUUAUCUCGUUCCCCGUCAUCAGACGACGGUCAUGGUCAUAUGUCUCUUCUUGGGUCCAUGGAAAUGGAUGGUCCCAUAAGUCAACAGGGAACAGAGUAUGGUCGUGAAUUUGCUAUCAAGUGUCUGUCAAAGGCCAAUCUUGACGACGACGCUUUGGCCGCCCAAAUGUCCGAGGUCACCAUCCACCAGUCGCUGCAGGCUCAUCCCAACAUUGUCACCCUUCACCGCACCCUUGAGACGUCUUCAUUCCUUCUCCUCGUCUUGGAAUUCGUUCCUGGCGAGGACCUUUUUUACUUUUUGGAACAGGCUCGCGAUCACUACGAGUCUGACUACCCUACUGACCCCUCCGACUCUCCUUCCCGCACUCCGCCCACGCCCAGCCUCCUGUCCACGCUCGAUCCUUCCCAGCUCCUCUCCCGCACCCGAUUGCGCCUUAUCUCUUCCAUGUUUGCCCAAAUGUGCGAUGCUGUUGCCGCCUGUCAUGCGCAGCAAGUAUUCCACCGUGAUAUCAAGCCCGAGAAUUUUAUCGUCACUGACGGGUACUCAAUGCUCCCGAACGGAAGGAUUGAGCGUAAGGUUAUUGUGAAGUUGACUGAUUUUGGCUUAUCAACUACCGAUAUCCACUCGUCUGAUAUGGAUUGCGGGAGCGCACCGUAUAUGAGCUACGAAUGCAGAAACAACAUGGCACCUAUCUACAAGCCUCGCGCAGCUGAUGUGUGGUCAUUAGGCAUAGUGCUGAUCAAUAUGUUGUACCACUUCAAUCCGUGGACAGAUACUUCCGAAGGAGCUUGCCCUUCUUUCACGCAUUUUAGGCAACGCCCUGUCUACUUCCUAAUGUCCAGCUUCGUAGGGAUGACCCGUCCCGUGGCAGAGUUCCUCGCCACGAGGGUUUUCUGUAUUCUCGAAGACCCAUCGGAUGAUGCACGGCGGAUAUCUGCAGCCGAGUUCGGUCAAUGGGCGCGCGACCUACCUGCUCUCCUCGGUGUUCCCGGAUCUGUGGCACAUAGUCGCAGUGGAAGUCUCACCGGGGCUCACCCGCUGUCCACAGCCACGCAGAUCUCUUACAGGCCUUGUUCACGGCCACCAUCAAGAUGUGCAUCGAACAUGGCUAUGCUGACACCUGCUGGUGGUCAGACCCGGUCGUUGUCAAGGGCGCCUUCACUUGGGCCAGCAUUUGAGAGGGAGGAGGCGAUGGUUGCAGCCGAGCUGUCGACGGUGAUGGAUGAGGAGCAGAUUCAAGAGUUGGAAGUUGAUGCAGAUGUUGAUCAGAGCCUGGCCACAGCGGCAUCUGGUACGACAGAUGGUACGAGUAUCAUAGGCACGGAAUUUCGCUCGACAUCGACCAACAAACGGAGGAAGCGGGGCGCAAGAAAGGGUAAGGGUAUCACGCAGCCGCCGACGACCCCUCAAGAUGCUACCCUCGAAACGCUCGCCGUGGCGUCGCAAUCCCUUGCGCGUGAGCUCAGUCACGCAUCGAAGCAUGGAUCUGUCAAGUCAGGAUCCAGUUCAAUGUCUGCUUCUACUUCACGUAGGCGACCAUUCGAGCCUGUUGCCAUGUACCCUGUACCAACACCUCUUCUAUCCCUUCCAGCGCGCCCUCCUCCAUCGCUUCCGGCGACCAAGUCAUCAACUGGCACGAACACAAGUGCACCGCAACAGGUCCCCGUCAAGAAGCCUUCGAAAUGGAAGCUCAGCUUUGGCAAAGCGAGCGCUCCUGUCAUGCCCAGCAAUGCAAGCAGUAUGCCUAACGUAGACGACAGCGCGUCGACUAUGUCGUCCAUUCCCCCUUCAUUGCCUACAGACAGCGUUUUGAGCUUCGGCUCUCAGACAAGCAGAACGUCUCGCGGGAGCAAAGGCAGCGAUGCCCCCUCCGCAACUGCUAGCAAUGUGGCGAACCUCCUGAUGGGUCUCAAUGCACCUCCGCCGUCUGUCGGGUCAUCCGCCUAUUCCAUCAAGUCAUCUUCGGAUGAUUCUCUUCCCUGGCCUCGGGGCCGUCGCCCGAGAGUCUCUCCCGCUGCUUCCUCUGUCAACGUCAACAUCAACAGUCUUGGCGUCCCCGCCACCAAGGGUGGAAGCAGAAGCCGUGGCCCUCCCGGCUUGUCAACAAGCCCGCAUCGUGAACGUAGGAACGAACGUGCCACUUCACCGAACAGCACCCGAAGCGGGCGUCCAUUGGCAUCAAGUGCUAGCUCGAUGACCUCAAGCAAUUGGCGCAACUCGAUGAGCACGACGUCGAGUGCUGGCACUUCGACAUCGGCGUUUACGAGGUACAGCAAUUCGAGUAUGGGCAGCGUGUCCACUGCUGCUACGAGCGUCUCCUCGGCAAGCUGGCGGACGGGUGGUGCAAAGUCAAAUCCUUCCAGUCCGAACGUCCCUGCCUACCGCCCACCCACGUUGCCGAAGAACAUCAAAUUCAUGACUGGUGUUCCAUGGGAAUUGAACGAGCUCCCUCGUGGUCUGCAUCCCAAUCCCGUCGGUGAUAUCUUCGGUUCCCCACCAGUCCGCAAGCAACGUACACGCAAGCCCAAGGACCUCAAGCUUGAUACUAUCAACGAGCGCGUUCCCGCGCAAAGAUCGCCAGAGUACCCCCGUCGAGACGCCUCCACGAGCACCACGGAUCUUACCAGCACGUAUAAUGCCAAGGACGAAGCUGAUGGCCCGAAGAAGGUCCAGAAGGGUCAGAUCAAUACUCUCGCGAAGAUGCUGUCUGCCUUGAGACGGUGA